CUUAGGCCUACUGAAGCAGGUUUUGAAACCGCAGUGUUGAAGACCAUGCAGGCUGGAGGAGUAGAUGAAGAAAUAUUUAUUUGAGAUGGCAGAUGUUUCUUCAGAAACUCAAGAUAUUUCUCCUAAAGUUAAGUCGACUGGUUCAGAAGCUUCCACUAGGUUUCUGUUGGGUGAACACAUAUUCUCUGAAGACUCAGACUUAAGGUCAAUAAUUGAAGAAAAUGCUUUUCAGGUUUUGUCACAAGGAUCAUUGAUAAAAAGUCCAGGUUACACAAUUUGUGUCCCUGAGUUAGAUAAGGAUAGUGAUUUUAUUUCUCUGACCUUUCCUAGAAAACUCUGGAAAAUAGUUGAAAAUGACCAGUUCAAGUCUAUUUCAUGGGGUGAGGAUGGAACUUGCAUAGUGAUUCAUGAAGAACUUUUCAAGAAAGAAAUUCUGGAAAGAAAGGAUCCUUACAGAAUAUUUAAAGCUGAGAGUAUAAAAAGCUUAGUUCGACAGCUCAAUCUUUACAGAUUCAGUAAAAUUCGACAGAAUUUUCAAAGAUCUGCUUUUCUAGCAGAAUUUCUGGCAGAAGAAAAAUAAGUCCCCAUUGUAGGCAAAUUAAAGGUCUAUUAUAACCCAAAUUUCAAACUGGGUUGUCCUCAACUUUUGGUAAAAAUGAAAAGAAGAAUUGGGAUUAGAAAUGCUUCUCUUGUAUCUACUUUAUUCACUGAAGGUUUCAAGAAGAAGCACUUUAGAGCAGGGGCUAACACAGAUAAUCAUAAUUCUGGAUUAAUUGCUGAAACUAGUGGAGAAAGAUCAUUUUCAACCUCUACAAAUUUAAAUAAACCUCUAAUAAGAAAAUCUGUCAGCCAAAGAAUUGCCAGUUUACCUGACACAACCAGAAGUGGUUUUCCUCCUACUCCAUCUUCAACUUCAUUUGGACCAAGAGAACACAUUGCAACAAAUCAAAAUACUAUUUUAAAUCACUUGGCCAGUAUUCAUAUGCAAUCUCAUAGCACCUACAUACAAGCAAAUGACCACAUUUUGAAUUGCAUUACAACCACAACUUCUCAAUACCAAAUCAUAUCUCCCUCACAAAAUAGUCUUUUGGGGUUGAUAGUGAAACCAUUAACUUUUCCAAGCAGAUAUCCUGAGGUGUCAGUCAAUGAGGCUCCGUAUCCUAACCUGCUACCAGCAGGCAAACUGUGGUUGCCAGGGCCCACGAUAGCUGAUACAUCUGCUUACCCUCCUUUCAAGCCAGCUUUUCAACCAUCUUCAUUGGGAAAAUACCACCCUAAUUACAACUGA